AUGACAUACCAUGAUGAUCCCUAUGAAUUGGGUCUCUUUUUGCACUGGGGUCCUAUAGUAACGCUGAUUCUUAGCGCUACCGUAACCUUGACCACCUGGAAGUGGUGGCCACCGGAGGAGUCCUUAUUCUGGAGCGCCCACUUCGCACUCUAUGUGCUGCUGAAUGUGCUGUCCCUGUACAACUUCGUGAAGGCCGUGUUGGUGGGGCCGGGCCUGUUGCCGCGUGGCUGGCACCCCGUAAACCCCAAAGAGGCGAAAUAUAUGCAGUACUGCAAGAAGUGUGAGGGCUAUAAGGCACCUCGGGUGCAUCACUGUCGUCGCUGCGAUCGUUGUGUGAUGAAAAUGGAUCAUCAUUGCCCGUGGAUCAAUCGCUGUGUGGGCUGGUCGAAUCAAAUGUAUUUCGUAUUUUUUCUGUUCUUUUACUUGAUGAGCAAUUUGCAUGCCUUCUGCGUUCUUACAAUUUCCGGCUAUCAGUUCUUCAUGGACAGCACCGAAAUAGCUCGUCGCUAUCAUAACGGCAAUUUGGAACGAUAUCUUCGCCAGCAUUUCUUUGGCAUAUUCAUGGCAAUCAUGAGCUUUGGGCUCACCAUCGGCAUAGUACUGUGCAUGCUGAAGCUGCUGGUCAUCCAGAUCGGUGCUAUACUCAAGAAUGUUACGGACGUGGAACAAUGGAUUGUGGAGAAGGCACGCGCACGUCGCUAUAAGAAGAAUAUGAAACCAUUUGUCUUUCCCUACAAUCUUGGCUGGAAAUUAAACUUAGCCGAGGUGUUAAACAUUGAGCGACAGCAUCGCGGCCAUGGCAUCGAGUUUCCCGUUGUCAAGGGCUGUAAUCAAUAUACGCUCACAUUAGAGCAACUGGCACAGAAGGCAGAGAAACGCAAUCGUACGCGCACCUACAAAUGCAUUUUGCCUGCAACUGGCAGCUGGUUGCCCAUUUGGUCGCAAGGCUUGCGGGUGAUUUUCGACUCUCCCCUCACAGACGAUCCGCGCAUCAAGCUGGAGCCAAACGAUCUCAUACGAGUUACACGCAAGCGCAAGCAUUGGCUGUUCGGAGAGCGAGUUGUGGGCGACGAUAGCCGCAAGGGUGCGAUUCGUGGCUGGUUUCCCAGGCGCUGUGCUGUCGAGGUGAACGAUAACGGCGACACGAUCGUUAAUGCUGCAGCUAAGCCAGAGGCGCCCAAUGCGAGCAAACAUAGAGUUGGCAAGCCAAAGAAGUCAGACAAGAUCAAUAAGGAUUUGUAG